UCCCUAAGAAAGUUUUAAUUAUAAUUGAAUUUAUUUAAAGAAAGAGCCAUUUGUUCAGUAAAUCAUUGUUAAAUUUGAUUAGAUCGCUUAUAAUUACACAGGCCUAAUAGGGACACUUUAAAAUAGAGUGUAACCAAAAUGUUGUAUUACAAUUGAAGACAUGACCAAUUUUAACGUGUAUGAUGGGUACAGUACCCAUCAUACCCAGGGUAUUGGUUUGAAUACACACACAGAAGACCUAAAAAAAUUGCCUAACCAAACCGGAAGUAAACAAAGCGGACCACAGUUGUUGGAUACAGUCGCCACGGUAACAGUAACAACAACUGUAACAGUUACAGAUGGGGAAACGAGUCCAGCUCUCAACAGCCAAAAGUUAAUGAUUCCAGCCUUCAGUAACGCUUUUGAUAUCACAGUUAAAAGGAAAAAUGGCAUCUAGUUUACAGACGCAACAUGAGACGCAAAGCGGAGUUUAUACGUUCUCCAGUCGUCCGCGUGCGGUUCCCAACCGCCCCAAAUACAGACAAGCCGCUCCGCUGCUAAAUGAAGAACAGAGCAGUUAUGGAAACAUCAUGUAUGACCGACGUGUUGUCAGAGGAAAUACAUACGCUCAACAUAUCCUACCCAUUACAUCUGAGCCAGAUCCAAUUGAGUUCCUGAGACAGCAGGAGGCCAGAAAAAGAGCUUUGUCCAGAAAACGACUGAAGGAGCAGUUUGGCCCAAAAACACCAGAACCACUAGAGGGCAGAAUGAACAUAGAUGUGCAGACAGAGAUGUAUCUGGAAGAGCUGAGCGAUCACAUAGAGGAUGUCAGCGUGGAAUGCCAAACAGACAUGUUCCUGGACAAACCAGCCACUCCCCUCUUCAUCCCAGCCAAAAGUGGACGAGAUGCAGCCACACAGAUAGAAGAGGGAGAGCUGUUUGAUUUUGACAUGGAGGUCCAGCCCGUGCUGCAGGUGUUGGUGGGAAAGACAAUUGAGCAGGCAUUGCUGGAAGUGCUGGAGGAGGAGGAGCUGGCCAACCUGAGGGCCCAGCAGCAGGUGUUCAAGGAGAUCCGUGAUGCUGAGCUGGUGGAGGUGCAGAGGCUGGAGGAGAGGGAACGGCGCCUCCGUGUGGAGAAGGAGAACCGGAUAAAGCAGCAGAAGGCAGCGCUGGAAAAAGAGAAGGAGACAGCAGAUAAAAUUGCUGCGAGAGCAUUUUCUCAGCAGUAUUUGUCUGACUUGUUGCCCUCAGUCUAUUCCAAUCUAAAUGAUUGUGGCUACUUCUAUGACCCUGUGCAGAGAGAUAUAGAGACCGAAUUCCUCCCUUGGCUGAUGGAAGAAGUCACCAGUACUUUAGAACGAGGAUAUGUAGCAAGAACAGUGCUUGACAUGCUCAUUCAAGACGUCACUAACCAAAGGCGUGAGGCCUUUCAGAUGAAAGAAUAAACUCCUUCAUGCAAUUUCCCAUUAGAGGUCAUACCAGGAAACAAGUCAAAUCUGAAGGAGUUCAUGCAUUCUUCAUAAACAUCUGAAUAAAUUUCUUCUUAUUAUAAAUGUAUUUUUCAUAUAUUAUUUGAAUAAAAUUUCGAAAAAUAUGCCCAUUGUGUUUUUAACUGCACUUCCAGAAAAACACUGUAGUUGGCGCUGCGGAGUCUGAAAAUACUGACCUUCACUCAAACUCUAUUUCUAACCUGUAAUGCAGCUGUACUGUAUGGAAAACUUGUGACCGACUCUCGUUAAUAUUUAGAGUCUAUUUAAAAUUUGUAGAAGUGGCAUUGUAGAAUUAUAGGAGUAUUAUGAAUAUAUUAAUUCUGAUUACAUGUCCUCAUAUGCUGUAGCACAGAGGAGCUGUCGUCCAAAC